GGCUCCGGCGAUGGACAGAGAGCACCUCUCGGGACGGCCGCUGCUGCUCCAGCAGCAGCCGCACUUCCCAGACGAAACGCGACGGGUCAAGGCGCGGUGUAGUCACCUAGGUACACAUGGGCCGGCCCCGCCCCGGGUGCGCGCCUCGGCGGGCGAGAACGCCCCUCGCGCCUGAGGGGAAAGGGGUCGGUCCGGAGCAGCAGGGGGAGCUGGGGUGGUGCUGCGGCUCUCUUUAAGACGCAAGCCUGGCUGUCGCCUCAGCCUAUGGCCGGGAUCCCUCCGAGGACAAGAAACAAAUUCAAAGAAUGGAUGAAGACUUUGGAACACAGGCACUUGACUCUACUCUUCAAAGUCCAUCAGAGACAUUACUUUCCAUUCGACUGUUAGACUUUAAAACAAGUUUGUUGGAGGCAGUAGAAGAACUGCGUAUAAGAAGGGAAACAGAAAUUAAUUAUGAAGAUCAAAUAAGUAAAAUUGUUGUAGAGAAACAGGAACUUGAGUGGCAGAAGGAAACACUGCAGCAUCAGAUGGACACAUUGCAGCAACAAAACAAAGAAGCUAUGGCAGUUCUUAAAAAACAGUUACAGGCAAGAAUGAUGGCCUUGGAAGAAGAAAAGGGAAAAUAUCAACUUGCUGUAGAAACAAAAGAAAAAGAAAUCGAUGGACUGAAAGAAGCAUUAAAAGCUUUACAGAUUUCAAAAUACACUUUGCAAAAGAAACUGAAUGAAAUGGAUCAAAAAUUGCAGAUGCACUUAACAGCAAAAGAGCAACAUCAUAAGAAACUAAAUGAAGUUGAGAAGUGUUAUGCUGCUAUUGCAUGUCAGUUUGGAAUCAUAAAAGGUGUUCAUGGAAAACUGGAGCAUAGUGUACAGGAAGCAAUGCAGCUCAAUAAGAAACUAACAUCAGUAAAUAAAAGACAAGAAACUGAAAUAAGUAAUCUGAAGGAAGAACUGAAGAAAGUAACUACAGACCUGAUAAGGUCCAAGGUCACAUCUCAGUACAGGGUGGCAGAAGAAAACAUUAAUCUUGCAGCAAAGGAAAAACAGUUUCAAGAACUGCAACAAAAAAUCAAAAUGGAGACAGAAGUUAGUAAAAAAAUUCAGGAAGAAAACACUCACAUUAAAGAAGAAAAGCUGGAAAUUCUCAGCUCUCUACAAUGUGUGCAGGAGGUGCUUCAGCGAGUAACACAAAGGAAUGUGAGAAUGGAAAGUGAAUUAAAUGCACUGAAAGAAGAAUAUAAGACCCUUGAAAGAGAUAAUGAGCUGCAAAAGGAGAAGGCAAGGGAAAAUGAAGAAAAGUUCCUUAAUCUCCAGAAUGAGCAUGAGAAAGCACUAAGAACUUGGAAAAAAGAUGAGGAAAACAUGAGAAGAGAAAUAGACACUAUUAAAAAUGAGCUGAAUUCCCUUAAGGGAGUUCAUAGACAUCUUGAAGACUCUCAUCCUCCUAAAGGAAAUCAGCAUUCUGAGCAAGUGGACAAUCUGCAGAGUGGUCCAGAACACUCAGAAGACAGUGAAAUACAAGCUAUUCAAAAAGAAAAUGAGUGUAUGCAGUCUGUAAUAAGAAAAGACUGUGAUUUUGGACAUGAAGAAACUGAAGUAAAAACCACAACGGACUCCUCUUUAAGCACUAAGGAAUUGCAUAUAGAACAAAAUUUACAAGUUCUUGAAAACAGUUUUACGGAUGAAAUUAAUGUUGCUAGCCCUCAUGAAGAAAAGCAAAGUGAGGCUUCUCCCAGGAAUACCCUCUGCACAGAUACGCAUUUAAUUACCCAAGGACAGACCUCAGAAAUACACGUCACUGAGCACAAAGAAGCAGAAAAUCUGGGAGCAACAUGUAGAAUGUUCCUGGAUGAAAACAAAGAACAUUUAGAACAAAAGCUCCAGGACAGCUCUAAGCCAUGCCACAUGCAAACAAGAAAAGUCAUCUUAGACAGUGUUGAUUCUGUAGGAGCCUUCAAGAAAAAUGGAAGUCAGGAGACUGACUCUAACAAGCAAGAAUUGUGCAAUACUACAGAUGAAUUAAUUUGUACUAAGGCAGAUAUAGAACCAAACACUGUACAAAACAACAAAAGCACCCUUACACCUGAAGCACCCAAAACUGAGUAUGAAACAGUUCUUUGCAUCAGGAAUGCUGUGUAUGAGAGAAGUACAGAUAAUCAUCAAGCUAAGGAAUUAAGUUUUGGUAUCCCAUCUUAUAUUACGGAAAAUUCUCAAACUGAAUACAAAAAAUCUAGGUUUCUGGACAGUGACAAUCAUGUAGGCAAUGGAUUGCAUCAAGCAGAAAAAAUCUUGUUAAAUCCAAGUGGUUUGCAUAUAAAUAAACUUCCUUUUAAACAGACACACGUAGAUGCUGAAGACAAGAAUUAUGAAGACAAUACCAGACACAAAACCAAGACUGGUAUACUGAGGAGUCCUGAUGUACCAGCGACUGAUGAUCAGAAUGUUCCAACUGUUUAUUGUGACAAUGUAAGCGGUGAUGAUGCCACAAAAGAACACAGUAAUAACAUGUCUCUCUUACGUACUUUCAAUUUAUGCCUCCCAAAAAUAGAAAGAGCAAUAAAUGUGGAUGACACGGGCAGCAAGCAACCUGAACAAGACAGUACUGAGCAAACAGGGAAUGCUACAAACACAUGUACUUUGAAUGCUGAAGCCAUAUCUCCAGUAAAGGCUGAUGACCUUGAAAUAAUUGCUCAUAAACAAAACCCAGCAGUUACAAUUGUUAGCACAGAUAAACUAAUUCCAAUUAAAAAAGUGAAUGAUGAUAUUCAGAUAUGCUCCAUCAAAAAUGGACAUUCAGUGGAGAUUAAUAAUUCAACAAAUAACACAUUGUUAAAAGACAAAAAACUCUUACUGACUGGUACAGUUCCAGGAAGGAAGUUUGCUGAGGGUCACCUGAAAGAAUCAUGCUCUUUACCCAUGAGAACAUCUGGAAAUUUAGUAAACAUAAGUGGAAGGUCAUCCUUUGAUCUUUCAGCCUCAGAUAAAAAAGCUGAGAAAACUCCAGUAUACGUAAAUUUUUUAGACCUCAGUUCUUGUUCAAGAGUAAAUCAAAUAAGAGGUCAAGCUGCACGGACUUCAGCCUUCAAGGAGCCUUCCCUUUCAAAAGAGAAACUGCCAGGCUUAGUGGAAAACACAAACAUUACUUCACAAACACAGUGCCAAAAUCUCAGCGAGAAUGUUGACAGAAGAGAAACAGAGCUGGGUUCUACCACUUUUAACAGAGCUGCCAACACUUUGAAUACCUCUAGUAUCCACCGAGCCCCCCAGGGAGACCCUGGUGAAGACUGGAAUGCUAUAGCAAAGACUUUUUAUGAUUCUUCUUUUCCCACAGAACAUGUGAAAGGAGGAUUUACUGCUUCACAGCAUGAGAAGUCUCCUCAGGUGACUGUAGCUCCAGCAAGAAAUGCACUCAGUGAGAAGGACAGCUGUUCUAGUCAUAACUCCAUCAUACAAAACGAAAUAGAAGAAAUUGAGAAAUUCUUGAAUUUGGAACGAGUUCAUUCAGCAAGAAAAAGAAAAUAUGAAGGAAGGCAGUGAGAAUUGGUGGCAGGAGAUGAAAAGCAUGUCUUUUAAGCAUAGAUAAAUCACUUGCCUAAACCAGAUUUGCAGAGAUAUUCCUAUGGAACAUAGUAUGCAUGCACUGUGCUUUCAUAUUUAAUACAGCAUAUAGACUUUGUCAUGUUUAGAAAUGGAUGCAAUCCCUGCUAAUAACGUUAGUUCUCUGUUUCUGCAAUCAAAUCCUGGUUGUUAUGGGUUUGGCCCAGAAGCUAAGAAGUUCACAAGUUAAUGUUUUAAUAUCCAUUAAGCAAAACUAAAUGAUUACUUAAGAGUUCCCUGCUGCUCCUCAGAAGCCUGGCAGAAAUAUUUUGUUUUCUCUUUCAACUGCUUGCUCAGUUUUCAAGCUAGAUCAGCUGCAACUGUUUCAAAAUAAAAAGGCUUCUACAAACACAACAACUUACAGCAGUUCUGAGUGGCAGAACAGGAAAAUCUGCUAACCUUUACUGCCAAAUUAUUUAAAUACAUGUUGUAGUUGAUCCUGUAUCAAUAAUGUCUCUUUCAACUAAAGCAUCUGAUAUGAUUAACUUCUAUCUGGUUUGCAUUUUUUCUCCUGUAGGGUACAAUUACUUGCACUAUCAUUUUUCUGAUGCCCUUCCUCGCUCCCCACACCUCUUGCAAAGAAAGACAUUCUUGUUGAAGUUUACAAUAUGAAGAAGAGAAGCAUAAUCAAUGUUGCUACUGUUAGUUGUUGCGAUUUAUGUAAGAAAAUCAACAGAAAGUACUUUCUCAUGUUUGUUUUAUUG